UUAGGAAUACAAGUCAGUUUUACGGACAAACUCCUCUUUUUCAAUAAAGAAAGUUACGAUGCCUUACCCAUAUUUAGAAUUUUACAUUCACCUGAACAGACAGAGUUCCCUAAGGAAUAUAAAAUAAAUGAACAAACAAUGACAAGAAUGUAUUAUAAAAUGCUUACUUUGAAUAUAAUGGAUAAAGUUCUUUACGAAUCUCAAAGGCAAGGACGCAUAUCAUUUUAUAUGACCAAUACUGGUGAAGAAGGUCUUCAAAUUGGUUCUGCUGCAGCUCUUACUUUAAAUGAUGUUAUAUAUGCACAGUAUCGUGAAGCUGGUGUUUUAUUGUGGCGAGGUUACUCCAUUACAGAUUUUAUGAAUCAGUGUUAUGGUAAUUACAAAGAUACUUCAAAGGGGAGACAGAUGCCUGUUCAUUAUGGGUCAAGAAAACUUAAUUUUGUCACCAUUUCUUCUCCCUUAACGACGCAAUUACCUCAAGCUGUAGGUACAGCAUAUGCGCUCAAACAAUCCAAAAAGAAAGCCUGUGUAGUUUGUUAUUUUGGGGAAGGAGCAGCCAGUGAAGGGGAUGCUCAUGCAGCUUUUAAUUUUGCAGCAACUUUGGAAUGUCCAAUUCUUUUUGUGUGCCGAAAUAAUGGUUAUGCCAUUUCAACAUCUUCUCUGGAACAGUUUAAAGGAGAUGGAAUUGCUGCAAGAGGUCCAGCUUACGGAAUACGUACAAUUCGUGUAGAUGGUAAUGACGUUCUUGCUGUGUACAAUGCAACAAAAGCUGCUCGUGAAUUCUGCAUUGAAACAGGAAAACCUGUUCUAAUUGAAGCUAUGACUUAUCGCAUAGGCCACCAUAGUACUUCUGACGAUAGUAGCGCAUACCGAUCGGUGAAUGAAAUAUCUCACUGGAAUCAUAAUUCACCGAUAAUUAGAUUUCGCAACUAUUUAGAAUCGAUUAAUCUUUGGUGCAAACAACAAGAACAACAAUCAAAUGAAUCCAUAAAAGAAUCUGUUCUACGCGCGUUCAAAGAUGCUGAAAAAGAACUAAAACCGUGUUGGAAGGAAUUAUUCACGGAUGUGUAUCGUACAAUGCCAAAACAUAUUAGGAGACAGUUACAUUCUAUGGAGAAUCAUGUUACAGAGUUUCAUGAACAUUAUCCAUUACAUUCUUUCAAAUCAACUUAAUACGUUCCCGCCCAAUGACGCCA